AUGUUUGCUCUGCGACUUCCCGGAGCCGGGGGACUCAUGGCCGUAGCAAUGGGGCUUUAUGCAAUCCACAUCGGUAGUUGGCUCCUCAACAACGGGAAGCCCGAGAUCCCUUACGAGCAAUACAACGAAACGACCAAGGAGUUACAGACCACUUGCAACGCCCACGGCUAUUUACAACUACUGGUGGAAUACCCGAGCGACCCAAUCACGGUAUUCGAGAUGCUCCGUUUGGACCCGAACGCCCGACCUUUUUUUCCGAUCGAGAACUCGGGGCGGGCGCGAGCCGUGUGGUAUCAGGAGGUGAAAGACGUGGUCGAGCAGCGCUACAUGAAGCUGAUGGAGAUUACCGAGCCUGCGAGGCACCGUAGCAGCGCUCAUGGCGACAGCGACGAUGGCAAGCAAUACAGGACUGCCAUCACCAUGUGUGCCGAAGUACUGGCCAAGGACAAACUGCGGCAGUUUUACCUGAGCACCUUUUUGCCUUUGCUGACGGCCAUCACCCGGGGAAAGGACCGCGCGUGCAUGUGGCCGCUUGUCCAGGAGUUCCUCCGCAAGCAGUGCGGGGCCACGUGGACCGUGACGGGUCUGGCGGCUCUCUUGCAAGACAAGGUCAUCAUCCCCAACGAGCACUGCCGUUGA